CCAUCCAUGUCUUCUCAAAUCCCGUCAUAUGAUUACAAAUGAACCUUUCACGUUGUUGACUGUCUCUUAUCGGUCCCGAUGUUAUGUGAGAGCAGGAUCCCUGAGCAUCGCAAUCCAUGUCAUUUCUUAUCGCCGUCAAUCCAUCUUACAUUAAGUCGCGUCGACGACGCGCUUGUGGCUGAAAACGUCGGAGAUUAAAUUUUUCACACGCCCGCUUUAGUCUCGCGUCUUGUUCCACCCAAUAUCUAAUAUUCUAUCUUUAACCUUCGUGGUAUCUGUACGAACAUGGCUCGGGCUACUCGAUCGCAAAGACAGUCUUCUCAGUCUCAGCAACCAGCGCGUCAUGCUCCACGAGGUACACAAUCACAAAGGCGUCGUGGACAAACAGAAGAGGACGAGGAGGAAGAGGCACAGCAGGACGCUAUGGAAGAAGAUGCGGAAGCUGAUAAGGACGCCGAUGAUAUUGUCAGGAAAGCUAGUGACCUCGUCCGGUUAGCCCUAUUCACAGAACAUAGACGGGCACCUCUACGGCGUGACGAGAUCACCAAGAAAGUACUUGGCUCCAAGUCUCGCGUAUUCCCUGAGGUCUACAGCCGUGCACAGGACAUCCUCCGCAAGACUUUUGGUAUGGAACUUGUCGAGCUGCAAUCACGUUCGGAAGGAGACGAUGAUCCCAAUCAGAAGGAAAAGAACGCAAUGGGCCUCAAAAAGAAAGCCACGUCUUCUGGGACAAAAACAUACAUUUUGCGAUCAAUGCUUGAUCCUGCGCUCAUUGAACGUGCAUGUGCCCCAAACUCAGCAAUUCUGAAUGUAGAACAGACCGAGGGCAAAGUGGGAACAUAUAACGAUGACGACGACGAUGACAACCGAGUUGGUACGCGAAGUACUGGCUCGAUAUUUGCAUGGCAUCAUGCAGAUGAACUUGGUUCUGUUGGUAUCCUCUACGUGAUACUCGCCCUCGUUUUGGUCAAUGGACGAGCAAUCAGCGACAAUGACUUGCGUGCACUUCUCAAACGUCUUCGCCUCUCGGCAACGGCGCCAAUACCGCUUAGCAGCCAAUCCACACACCAAAAUCUAACAACAGAUGCCUACCUCCUUCAACUCAUACGUCAAGGAUAUCUCGACCGACGAAAAAUUGGCGAGCAAAAGGGAGCUGCUGGCGGCAAGAAACGCGGUCGAGCAGCGCCUUCAGCACAAGCAGCCAACGGCGACGACGAUUCGAAUACGUUUGAAUGGCGAUGGGGUCCGAGAGCCAUGAGCGAGAUUGGGGAGGUGGGGAUUGCACAGUUCGUUGCGGCGUUCAUGGUACAGAGAAGAGGCAAUGUUGAUGACGAUGAUGAUGAGGGUGAUCGUGAAGACGCAGCAAUGAGAAGACAGAUUGAGAAGAUGGUGCAGGGAAUUGAAAAGGCAGCAUCUGGAAGGUUGCUGGAUAUCACAGGGAGGUAAUAACUUCCACACCGCGGUUUCCCGUUUCCUCCAUGUCUGUGCUUUUCUAUAGUACUCCCAUCUAAUUAGAUUGUAGAGUAUGCUCAUAUUCCUUUGCUGGCUAUCGCAUAUUGUAAUUCUAGUUCUCUUCUACACUCCAUAGUACUGUAUU